AAACCCAACUUAUCCUUCAGUAGCCCUCUUUUCCUCUCCACAUUUAGCAGAAACAAAUUUCAGACAUUCACCCAGUAAGUUCGAGAACCGGAAACUUCGAUCUCGACUUCCUCCACUCUUGACCCCUCGGAAAAUUAGAAUUUUGCGCGCGCUACAGUAUCUAUUGAUUGCGCAUGCCAAAAUUAAGAGGCCGAAAAGACCCUGAGACCGGUCAGGUCAGAAACCGAUUAAGCGAUCAGGUAGUAUCACAUCGGACUCUUAUGAUCAUCCAAUGUCAUCGUCAUCAUCUCAGCUUGUGCAAUAUGUUGUGGUUAGAGGUGAUCUCCUAAGGUUGCUGUCAUGGCCAAUGGGAGCUGUAAUAGCACAAGCCUGUCAUGCAAGCACAGCAGCUCUUUGGAUGUAUCGUGAUGAUUCUAACACACUCCAGUACACCAGUGACCUGGAUAAUAUGCACAAGGUUGUGUUAGAGGCCCCCAGUCAAAAUGAACUCAAGAAAUUGUCAGAGAAUUUAUCAGCCAAUGAAAUAGAUUACAAACUGUGGAUUGAACAACCAGAGAACUUUCCUACGUGUCUUGCAACCAAACCUUAUCCGAAACAACAAAUACAAAGUUAUUUUAAAAAGUUUAAAUUGUUUAAAUAAACUAAAAUAUUUAUGUGGUCAUCUGGGGAAGCUUUGUAAAGAUUCACUUCUAAGUGGUUAUGAAAUUGUCAGACAUAACCAACCCUGUCACUCCCAAGAUCUGAUUGUUAAUUCUCUCCUCUCACUGCUAAAUAUUUGUAAAUUAGUUACAAGAAUUUG